UACGUCACCAUCUCCCGUGCAUAUGCAGUACUGAUUAGCAUUACACGUACGUCUUAUCAUUACCUGUUGCACCGCAUUAACCGUGUUUAGCACUUGGCUCGAUAGUCAAGACAGGUACGAGCAGUACACAUACGAUCAGCAUUACACUGUUGCGAUAACACUGAGCUUUGAAGUUCUGAUCCGCUGGAUGUUUUUGGCAGAUAACUUUAGUCGAGAAGUUAUGAUCGCACAACUCUGGAAUUUCUUAUGAUUACCGAUUUUGACUAAUAAAAACGUUACGGAAGUCGAGCGGUGUUUCUCCCGUAGAUUUUCAUAGAAAAUCGUUCUUCUUCCUAGCCUGCCCCGUGGCAUGGCUAUCAGUAGCCACAUUUAUAAGCGCUCUAGCGGUGGCUGCGGUGCUAGCGUCCGCCAUCGGGUGGUGCUCUUAUGAUCAAAUGUCAACUUCCGCCGCUGCCAUCACCAGCGAACAUUUUGACGUCUGCAGUUCUGAACUUUUUCUUUCCCCCUCGUUUUUGGCCUGGAUCAGAGUGCUCAGUACUCGUACUGCUUCCAGUUUUAAUUUUUCUGCGUUAAGACUGGAACAGUACUAAUUUUUAUAACGAACACUGAAGGAUCCGGAAUCUGCAGUCUCUCCAUCAUCGCUGACAGUUUUGUCUCCCAUCUCGCAAAUUCGUGAAUUCCGUCUGUGUGCAGCUGCUGCAGAGCAAGCGUCGACAUGUUACUGCACCACCGCGGACCCUUGCAGCGUGUUCGCCUGCUGCACGCGUACCGUGCAGCCUCCUCUGCGGCGGCCCCUAAGCCCGCCGUGCAGGAGGCGCCCGCGGAAUCCCCGGAGGAACUGCAACUGCUGCAGCGCAGCGUGGUACCCACCAUGCACUUCCAGAAGAGCCUGCCGCGUCUGCCCAUUCCCGGUUUGGAUAAGACCAUCGAUCGCUAUGUGCGGGCCCAGCGGCCCAUCAGCGACCCGGGAACACUGGGCAACACGGUCAACGCGGCCAUGGAGUUCCGCAACAACUACGGACGCGCAUUACAUGCGAAAUUACUGGAGGUGGACCGGAACAACAAGCACACCUCGUACAUCUCCGAUUACUGGUUCGACAUGUAUCUGCGCGCCCGUGAGCCCCUGGUCAUCAAUUUCGCUCCCUUUAUCGCCAUGAACGACGACCCGAACCAGGCCAAAAUGGACCAGGCUGUCCGAGCGGCUGAUCUAACCCUCAGUGCGCUGCGUUUCCGCAAUAGUCUACGCCAGAAUCUCCUGGAGCCCGACGUUUACCAUCUGAACCCGAAAAAAUCCGACACACCGGCCUUUCGACGAUUCGUUAGUUUAUUGCCGGCGGCCAUCUCCUGGUACGGCGCGUACCUGUACAAGGCCUUCCCGUUGGAUAUGAGCCAGUAUAAAAAUCUCUUCAACUCCACCCGCAUUCCCCGCCCCGACAAGGACGAACUGUACAAGGACGACGCCGCCAAGCACGUGGCCGUGCUGCGCAACGGCGAAUUCUACACCUUCGACGUGUACGAUGCCAACGGGAAUAUUUUGCCGGCGAAGGAUAUUCUGAACUGCUACCGGCACAUUUUAAAGACCGCGCCGAAACCGAACAAGGACUCCAUCGCCGUCAUGUCGGCGGACGAGCGGAAUCGGUGGGCGGCGGUGCGGGCGCGUCUCGUGCAGGCCGGUAACGAGGCGCGUCUCCGUCAGCUGGAUACGGCGCUCUUCGUCCUGUGUCUGGACACCAACGACAGCGAGGAUAAGGCGCGCUUCUGCAAGGAAAUGCUCCAUGGCGACGGCUACAACCGAUGGUUCGACAAGUCGUUUUCGCUGAUUGUGGACGCGGCCGGACGAGCCGGCGUCAAUUUCGAGCAUGCCUGGGGCGACGGGGUAGCGGUGCUGCGGUUUGUCAAUGAAAUCCACAAAGACGCUCUGAAUCACAAUUUCGCCCUGGCCUCCCCGACGGCCACCUCCGUGGACCCUACCCGGCAUGUGCACCAUCUAGAUUUCGUCCUGAACGACAACAUCCGCAGUGAAAUACACGCGGCGCGCGAGACCUUCGAGAAGAGCAUCAACGGUCUGGAUCUGAGCAUUCUGGAGUAUCACGGAUACGGCAAGGAAGACAUCAAGAAGUACCAUUUUUAUCCCGAUGGCAUGAUACAGUUGGCGUUCCAGAUGGCGUACUAUCAGCUGACGGAGGGGAAAGUGGCGCCGACGUACGAAUCGUGCAGUACGGCGGCCUUCCGGCACGGCCGCACCGAGUGCAUCCGCUCGGCCACGCCCCUCACGCAGAAAUUCUGCCAGCUGUACUUUGACACCAGUCCGCUGCGCGACGAAACGGAGCUGUACUAUACGCUGCGCGAUGUCAGCCAGGAUCACGGGAAAUUAACCAAAGAGGCGGCCAUGGGUCAGGGCUUCGACCGGCAUCUGUUCGCCCUGCGCAAGCUGGCCGAAGCGGAAGGCCAGUCGCUGCCCAUCUUCACGGAUCCGGCGUACGCGCGCAUGAACCACAACAUCCUGUCGACGUCCACCCUGCAGAGUCCGGCCAUCGCGGCGGGCGGGUUCGCGCCGGUGGUGGCCGACGGGUACGGACUGGGCUACUCGUGCAUGGACCACUGGAUGGGCUGUGUGGCCUUCUACUUCCCCAAGACGCGGGAUGGACGCCAGUUCACGCAGGCGCUGCAGCGGGCCUUUGACGGGAUCAUGAAGGUGAUGAGCAGCCGACCGCCCCAGCCGAUGACCAAGUGAACAGCGGCUGUUGUUUAUUUUGGAUUUAUUUUUUGUUGUUGCACAAUUUAGGUGGAUAGGUGACGCUUGUUUUAAUUUCUUUUAACUAAUUUCCUAGAAAUCUUUAACAACGGGGAAAAUUCUGGAAAAAUUUAAAUUUCUGUUGUUUAAUUAAUUCCCAGAUUUUUUUAUAAAUGUUUGUGACAGUGUUGAAGUUCUGGAUAUAAAUUAUGAUCGUGA